UGGGGUCGCCCUGGAACCAGGACCUUCCUCCGUCCCAGAAGUCCUGUCCUGUCCUUUGCAAGCAUCAAUACUGUCAGGCAGAACCAGCAGGACCUGUAGAGCAGUGCCCCAGAUCCUUGGGCUGCAGGCUCUGGGCGCCCCCCCUCCCCAUCAGCAGCACUGCGCCAUCCACGCCGGCCCAAGUGCCACAUCACUGCGCCCUCCUGCAGUGCCUGAGCCUACCAUGCCUCUGGCACCGCUGCUUCUAGCUUUGCUGGCCUCGUUGGCUGCUGCUGUGCACCCUGGCUGCAUGUCUGGCCAGGGCACCGCUGGUGAAUGCCACAGGCUGGACACUGCAGAUCGUGCCACCUGCGUGGACCUGCACCUCAGAACCUGUGCUGAUGCCAUGUACAACCACACAGCCUUCCCUACACCGCUGGAGCACCGGUCGUGGGAGGCGGUGGAGUCCAGCCCUGAGUACAUGCUGCUGGGCGUGCUGCACUUUCUCCUGGAGGGCCAGUGCAACCCUGACCUGCGGCUGCUGGGCUGUGCUGUGCUGGCCCCCCGCUGUCAGGGGGGCCACGUGCGCAGGCCCUGCCGGCAUGUCUGUGAGAACCUGAGGGAGGCCUGCAAGCCAGCCUUUGAUGCCAUUGACAUGGCUUGGCCCUACUUCCUGGACUGUGCCCACUACUUUGCCCAGGAGGAGGAAGGCUGCUAUGACCCUCUGGAGCAGCUCCGGGGAGACCUGGAUGUUGAGGAGGUGCUACCUUCGGGCCUGCCAUCCACCUUCAUUCGCUUUGCCCACCACCCCUACGCCCAGAUGGUGAGGGUGCUGAAGCGGACAGCGGCUCGCUGCCCCCAGGUGGCUAAGACCUACAGCAUUGGGCGCAGCUUCGACGGCAAGGACCUGCUGGUCAUCGAGUUUUCUGGCCGCCCAGGCCAGCAUGAGCUGAUGGAGCCCGAGGUGAAGCUCAUCGGGAACAUCCAUGGCAACGAGGUGGCAGGACGGGAAAUGCUCAUCUACCUGGCCCAGUACCUGUGCUCCGAGUACCUGCUGGGCAACCCCCGCAUCCAGCGCCUCAUAAACACCACCCGCAUCCACCUGCUGCCCUCCAUGAACCCUGAUGGCUAUGAGGUGGCGGCAGCAGAGGGUGCUGGCUACAAUGGCUGGACAAGCGGCAGGCAGAACGCACAGAACCUGGAUCUGAACCGCAACUUCCCGGAUCUGACAUCCGAGUACUACCGGCUGGCCUCCACCCGUGGCGUGCGCACCGACCACAUCCCUAUCUCAGAGUACUACUGGUGGGGUAAGGUGGCCCCUGAGACGAAGGCAAUCAUGAAAUGGAUUCAGACCACCCCCUUUGUGCUCUCUGCUAGCCUGCAUGGGGGUGACCUCGUGGUGUCCUAUCCCUUUGACUUCUCCAAGAACCCUCAUGAAAAGAAGAUGUUUUCUCCCACGCCUGACGAGAAGAUGUUCAAGCUACUGGCUAGAUCCUAUGCAGACGUGCACCCCAUGAUGAUGGACAGGUCGGAGAACAGGUGUGGGGGCAACUUCCUGAAGAGGGGGAGCAUCAUCAACGGGGCAGACUGGUACAGCUUCACAGGAGGCAUGUCUGACUUCAACUACCUGCACACCAACUGCUUUGAGAUCACCGUGGAGCUGGGCUGCGUGAAGUUCCCGCCCGAAGAGGCGCUCUAUGGACUGUGGCAGCACAACAAGGAGCCACUGUUGAACUUCUUGGAGAUGGUACACCGGGGCAUCAAGGGUGUGGUGAUGGACAAAUAUGGCAAGCCAGUCAAAAAUGCGCGGGUCUCAGUGAAGGGCAUCCGCCAUGAUGUCACCACAGCCCCAGAUGGUGACUACUGGAGGCUGCUGCCCCCAGGCUCCCACAUCGUAAUCGCCCAAGCCCCUGGCUACUCCAAGGUCAUGAAGAGAGUCACCAUCCCCUUGCGGAUGAAGAGGGCUGGCCGCGUGGACUUCAUCCUCCAGCCUCUGGUGAUGGGCCCCAAAAAGUUCCUUCCUGGACAUCAGAAAGCUGUAUCUGGCUCUCAGGAUCCACUGAGAGAGCCCACGGAGCCAGAUCUCGAGCCCCCGAGGACACGCAGGCAGCCAGCAGCUGACGGAAGCAAGCCGUGGUGGUGGUCCUACUUCACAUCACUGAGCCCCUAUAAGCCACGCUGGCUGCUCAAGUACUAGUGUCAUGCCCCAGGCCAUCCUCACGUCCUGGGAUCUUGGCUGUUGAUUCUUGUUCAUGGACACCAGAUACCGCACAAACCUAAUACAGCUUAAUAAAAUGUUUUUGUCCA